AGCUAUUAAGUAGGAAAUAUCCCCUCAGCACCAUUUCAGUUGCAAAUGGAGCCUGAAGUUGUGAAAUUCCUUGUUCCGCUUGUUCUCCUUGUUCUUACAUAUGGGACUGAAGGAGGACCAUCAAACACAGACCAUGACCACUCCGUUGAACGGUCAGAUCUUCCCCUGAGCGUUGAUGAGGCUCUUCUUACAGUUCACAAUCAGCUGCCAAGUGGACUCAAAGUCUCCUAUGUCUCUGAUUACUGCUAUAAGUGUCUCCAGCAGCCAUUGGUCAUCACUGAUGAUGGUAACAGCAAUUCAUCGGUAGUCAUCAGCACCCGUCAUGCGCUGACUCUGUUUGUGAGUGUGGAAAAUGCACUCGUCUGCAGCUGGACUGAGUUGUAUGGAGAAGCAGGACAUUAUGCAGUGUGGGUGCAGCAAAGGAGGGAACCAAACAUCACCUGCUCUGUAACCGUGGACAAGGAACCCAUUAACAGUUAUAUCCCCAUCCUGGUUGCUGCCAUUGUCAUGCUUUCAUUGACCAUCAUCGUUCUUUGUUGGCCGUACAUGUACAGAUGGCACUACACACAGAAAUGCCUGAACACCAUGUUACGCAAAAGCCCAGGUGCUUCCCAGGACUGCGAACUUGCAGCAAAUUCUACUACACAAGCUGAUUGCACCAAACCCCUACCUACACGUGUGAAGUCUCUGGAUGCAUUCAGAGGACUCACUCUGACCAUCUUACUUUUUACCAACAAUGGAGGAGGGGGUUACUGGUUCUUUCAGCAUGCCCCUUGGAACGGUCUUACAGUGGCUGACACAGUCAUGCCGUGGUUUGUGUUCAUGAUUGGGACUUCGAUCAUCUUCACGUUCCACAGCAUGUGGAAAAGAGGCAUGUCCCGUCUGCAGAUGCUCCGCAAGAUAUUUAACAGAAGUUUGAAACUUAUCCUCAUUGGCUUCUGCUUCCUGAACUACACCCCAAAGGAUGGACUGUUCUCCUGGUCCUGGGCCCGCAUCCCGGGGGUCCUUCAGCGCCUGGCUGUCAGCUACUCUGUUCUCUCACUACUGCACAUGACCUGCUUGAGGAGAGAAAUCCCGCUCAGUGAGCAUCACUGGUGGUAUCCCAUCCAAGACCUGGUCCUGUACUGGCCAGAGUGGGUCAUCAUCAUCCUCAUGGAGACACUCUGGUUGUGCCUCACAUUCCUCCUUCCUGUUCCUGGCUGCCCCACAGGCUACCUGGGUCCUGGUGGCAUCGGGGACAAUGGCCUGUAUCCUAAUUGCACCGGGGGGGCUGCUGGCUACAUUGACAGACUACUGAUGGGUGACCACCUCUACAAGAAUCCCACGUGCAAGGAAAUGUACCACACGACAGUGCCCUUUGACCCAGAAGGGGUGCUCAGCGCCAUUAACAGUGUGGUUAUGGGGUUCACUGGGAUGCAGGCUGGGAAGAUUAUGCUUUAUUUCCGCAAGAACCAUUUCAGUAUCCUGAAAAGAUUCCUAAUUUACGCCGUUAUGAUGGGGGAGAAAGACAAAACCUCCAGGCGGACAGAGAAGCAUGAGUGUGUCCUUGGGAAGGUUUCUGUGUUUUGGAUCCCAACCAGCUGCCUAGGAAAGGGAAUCCUCGCAGCAAUCCUUUGUAAGUGCUCACGAGACGAAGGAUUUAUACCUGUCAAUAAAAACCUAUGGUCCCUGUCCUUCAUUACUUGCACAAGCUGCUUUGCCUUCAUCAUGAUGGGAUUAAUGUAUUUCAUCAUUGACAUCAAGGGCUGGUGGGAGGGGAAGCCCUUCAUUUACCCAGGAAUGAACUCCAUUUUCGUGUAUGCAGGCCAGAAUAUCCUGGGGUUCUAUUUGCCAUUCAAGUGGGAGCCGGCUAAGCUGAGUCAUGGAGAGCUCCUUCUGCAGAGUUUGUUGAAUAUCAUUCUGUGGGUUUACAUUGCUUACCUGCUGUACAGGAAGAGGGUCUUCAUCAAAUUAUAAUGGUUCUUCAUCAGCUAAGUUACUCACACUACAAAUGGCAAGACCACUAACAUGAGCUACAUUACCAGUCAAAAGCUUUGGAACACAACAGAUUUAUACUACUUUUCCAAAGAUGUAGACAUCGUUUUUAUUAUUGUUAAGCAUUGGAAAGUUAAACACCUAUAAAUGAAAAUAUAAGUCAAAUAAAACAAGUUUCCUUUAUAACAUGGAAAGAGAACAUGUACAUAUCUGGCAUCCUAUUAACUGGUUGUGUUGAUGGUAUAGUCAAAUUCCAGGCUAUCCUUUAACUUUAGAUGUACUACUGAAUCGUUUCAUCCCAUGAAAUAGAGCAGUAUUUAAUAUCCCUUGCAGCAAGAAUGCCUUGAAUUUUCUCUAUGCUUAUAUCUGCUAGAGGGGGUUACUUUGAUGAAUAAAAGAUAUGACAUUUUGAAAGUACUCAAAUGGUGAACAUACUGUAAAUGUAUUUAUUAGCAAAGAAUAUUGUGCAAAAACUUUUGACUGGUAGUGUAUACUGCACUCUACCACUAACCACUAACAUGAAUUGUACUCUACCUCUAUCCAUUAAUAUAACCUGUACUCCACUCUGUCACCAACUGCUAACAUGAGCUGUACUCUACUCUACCACUAUCCACUAAUGUAAGCUGUACUGUACUCUAACACUAAUUGCUAAUGUGACUUAUAUUGUACUCUAUUCUUAACUGGUAAUGUGACCUGUAUUCUACCAUUAACCACUAACAUGACCAGUGCUCCACCCUACCACUAACUGCUAAUGUGACCUGUAUUGUACUCUACAAAUACCCACUUACAUGAGCUAUACUGUACUCUACCAAUACCCACUUACAUGAGCAAUAUCAGUUGCCAAUGCCAGCACCACUAACAUGCUGGACUGAGCUUGUACCAAUGUACCACAACAACACUAUUUCCAAAAGCUGAGGCUACCAAAGCAUUACAGUGAUAGGCAGAAGUGUGCAGUAAAAUCAGAGCAUCAUCACCAUGGAAACAGAAUGUGGUGUAUACCUUCUUGAUGACUGUCUUCACUGUGUUCUAUGGGAUACUCUAAUUCUGUGGAAUUUUUUUGUACUCUUUUUGCAGCUCUCUGCAAAUCAUGGCUGUAGGAUGCAACUGAGUAAAUGUUAGGAAAAUAAAUCCUACUAGGACAGCUCAACUUUAUUUGGGGUUAAUCAGAGUCACUUUAAUUGAUGGCAGGUGUGUACCCAAAACGACUGAAUGCUGUAAUUAAAUCAAAGGUAAUUCAACAAAGUAUUCGUUUUUAAGGUGUGCACACUUAUGCAACCAGCUAAUUGCAUGUUUUUCCCUAAGAGAUUUGUAUGUUUUUCAGUUUCCGUUCAGUUUUCAGUAAAGGUCAUGGGUCACAUUAAAGGUGGGAAAAAUUUCGAAAUGAUU